AUGCCGAGACUAAAUUGUUAUUCUCUUCGGAUCGCAAACGUUCCGCAGAAUACCGAGGUCACAGCUCUAAUUGGAACGCCUGGGGAACUCAUCCAUUCCUCCUCAGCACGCCAAAUGGAAUCAGAUAAAGCGCAUACUUUCCUCGUGACGAUCAAAGGGGAUCGUGAGAAAUUACAGAGAUUGGUUAAGGAAGCACGGGAGGCGGGAGAAAAGAAUGGUGCUCUGAAAAAGUAUCACUACAGUGAUGAUUUCCCCGGCAUGACGCCUUUGAACGAGGUCUCGCGUACACCAGAAACCGUGGACAUCAUCGCCGUGACCGGUCUUGGAGGGCACGCCUUGCUCACUUGGCAGCAGUACGAGGACGAGAACUGGCUGCGCGAUAGGCUACCCGCGGAUCUCACCAAUUGCAAAGUCUGGACCUACGGCUAUAAUUCAAAACUGCUCGACAGUACCAACGAGUCCGGGACGUACGAGUUGGCGAAAUCACUGAAGGAAGACUUCGAGACGGCGUUCCGGUAUAAUCACAUGACUCGAGUCAUAGUGAUUGGACACAGCCUCGGAUGUCUGCUUCUAAAACAUGCUAUGGUGCUUGCGCGCGAGCAAAGUCACGAACAAUAUCUCUUCUCUGAUUUUAUAAUAGGCCUCGUCUUUUUCGGCGCACCUCACAACGGAAUCGAUUUCGAAGCACUGGAAGAAAGUCUCAGAGAUAUAAUAUCGAGAGCUCCUAGACUGAUCUUAGAUCUAAGACCGGGUUCAAACUUCCUCAAAGAUAUCGGGAACCGAUUCAAGAAUUAUUUCGGCGAACGAGGUCCGAAGGUUGUUUCGGUGGUGGAGCAGAAGCAUAGUCCCAAAGUGGUAUAUGACACGGAGGGAGGGAAAUUGGUGAAGAAGAACGAGAAGAACUUCGCGGUCACGGCCGAGUCUGGUCAGCUGCAUUGGCCAGAUAAGAGAGAAUUUGUCAUCUUUGAUGGAAAUGGUGAUCACUCGGAGAUAGCAAAACUCAUCCCCAGUAAACCGGAAAGCCAAUACAAAACCAUCUUGAAUAAGAUGGAAACAUGGAUCAUCAACCCCUCACUCCAGACUCACUCGAGCAAACGUAUGCAGAGGUCCGCUGGUUUCGACUCACCCAGCGCCAGCAAUAUCUCUGCGAGCGAACAUGCUCUCGCGCACCAAUCACCACCUCUUGCACUAUGCGCUCCGCCAGCAGCCGAGCCAGAUACAUUAGGAGUUGGGUCUAAAAGCGAGCCACAUCCACCAGAUACGAGAAUACCACGCAAAGCUCAGAUCUGGCUUGAAGACUGGCUCCACGGCACCGGUGUCGGUGGUUCGAAUCCGCUAUGUCUCCACGGAGGUCCGGAAACAAAGCACUGGCUCGGGCCGACCAUGGUCUUCAUUCAACAGAAGCUGUCGAGUAUGGGUCAUCGGGUCAUAUACUGUCCCAACGUCGGGGCGGGGAAGGAUUCAAUGGACGAGACAUUCUCUACACUGGCAUUUCGUUUGCAGGAUCUACUAGGACAUAAAAUCGAGCUACACGGAUUGGACCCCUCCACUCUUGUGGAACGUCUCGAAGGUGCUUUUCAGGAUUUAAAUGAAUCGGUCUCGCCCUUGUUUGUCCUCGUCAAUGGCCUUCAAGCUAUCGGUCAGCGACAUUGGGACAAGGCAGUAGCUUCGUCCGCCCUGACCGUGUUCCUAAGCGUUUUGUGUAGAUCGUCACCUUCGUCUGCCUUGAAAGUAUUGUUCAUAACUCACAGUCUGCCAAACGCCUUGGCCACGCAAAUGUUCGAUAGGGACCAUCAUCAAAUAGGCCAUUUACAACUUGACCGAAAGCUUUCAAGCCUGCAAUUUCCGCGAGCUGCGCAAUGA